UCCGUAGAGGCAGGCAGCGGGGCUCGGCUCUCAGACUGAAGCAGACAAAGGCAAGCGGAGAGACGGCGUGCCGCUAUCCUGCGCAUCGACUCGCAACACCCUCACAUCCAGCUCCCCUCCCUCUCACAUACACGCACUCACACUCACACGCACCCUUCCUUCUUUCCUUCCUUCCUUCCUUCACUCCAGCUGCGACGCAGGACUGAUUUUUUUCCCCCAACAUCACAUCAUCCACGACCACCGCCGCCAUCAUGGAGCUGGACUUCGGGCAUUUUGACGAGAGGGACAAGACGUCCCGCAACCCGCGGAGUGGAAGGAUGAACGGACUGCCCAGCCCCACGCACAGCGCCCACUGCAGCUUCUACCGCACACGCACCCUGCAGGCUCUCACCAACGAGAAGAAGGCCAAGAAAGUGCGCUUCUACCGCAACGGGGACAGAUACUUCAAGGGCAUUGUGUACGCCGUGGCCAACGACCGGUUUCGCACCUUCGAUUCUCUUCUGGCCGACCUUACACGCUCCCUCUCUGACCACAUCAAUUUGCCGCAGGGGGUUCGUUUCAUCUUCACCAUUGACGGAUCACGCAAGAUCUCGUCUCUGGAUGAGCUGGAAGAAGGGGAAAGCUAUGUUUGUGCAUCCGAGAACUUCUACAAGAAAGUCGAUUACACAAAGAACGUCAAUCCCAACUGGUCUGUGAACGUCAAGGCCUCAGCCAGCCAGAAGAACAUGCAGUCCCUGGCCGCCAAGGCCGCCGAAGAUCCCAGAGAGGGCAAAGACUUUGUCCGGCCGAAGCUGGUCACGGUGAUGCGCAGCGGCGUGAAGCCCCGCAAAGCCGUCCGCGUCCUCCUCAACAAGAAGACCGCGCACUCCUUCGAGCAGGUGCUGACCGACAUCACGGAGGCCAUCAAGCUCGAAAGCGGAGUGGUCAAGAGGAUCUACACGCUCGAUGGCAAGCAGGUUACCUGCCUUCAAGACUUCUUUGGUGAUGAUGAUGUAUUCAUUGCAUGUGGACCAGAGAAAUUUCGCUACGCACAGGACGACUUCUCACUGGAUGAGAACGAAUGCCGGCUGAUGAAGGUAGCCAAGGCCCAGCGCGGUUCGGUAAAGAGUCCCGGUCCGAUCAAGCGCUGCAAAUCUCCUGCUGACUCCACCAACGGGACCGGCUCCAGCAGCCAAAUCUCCACCCCGAUAUCCAAGCAUUCCCCCACCUCCACCCCCACCAGUCCGGGCCUGAACAACAAGCAGAAGGAUCUCUACCUGCCCUUAUCUAUGGAAGAUGAGGACUCUCUGGGCGAAUCGAUGUAACUUCCUUCCUGCAGCCAGCCUUCGUUUUGGCCUGAAACACAGAAGUUUUAUACGUCUGCUGCUUUCCACCUUCACUCACAGUGCCACCAGUCGAAGAGAACCGCUCUUUGUCUCUCUCUUUCUCUCUCUUUAGGGCCUUUGACACCAUUUGCUGCUUGAGAAUAACAAACGGUUGUUAAACUCAGUCUCGUCAGCUCACUAAUGUUCAGACACGAUAACCACUCGUUCGCCGUUUAUGGAUCUUCAUCAAAAUAAGUUAUUUUAAACAUGUCGGCCAGGGGGUAUAAUUUCCACUCAAGCAGCAAAUGGGGGAAUUUUCAGCCACACGUUGAACAACUUUUUUUAUUUUUUAUCCACUUUACAUUUUUGUGACUGUCCUCCUGUCCAACCGUUGAAGGUGUGAAUGUUACUGGUUCCUUGUCUGAGGAGACGGGUCUGUUAAUGAGGGUCUUUCUAAACCUGCUGUAAAUACUGUGUACAGCCAUCCGUCCACCAUAACCUCUCUGCUCAGUGUCUGUUGCUGUGCUUCCAUUUUGUCACCACGACAUUCAACCUUCACUUCACAUGUCACGGGGUCAAACUAGACGAAAGAAAUCAAGUGGUGAUGGUUUGGGUUGUUGGGAUGUAGCCAGUCUAAUUGUGUAAUGUUGAGUCUGAAUAUUUGAUUUUCAGAAAUGCUUUAAAGUAAAUAAAGUAUAAUUUCAGAAAACUGUAAGCACUGAGGCUUCAUACAGUGUGCAAUACAAAUUAUUGGCAUUCAUUUUACCCAGUCGGACCGAACGGGAAGAUGCAAAGGCAUCGUCUCCUACAUCUCUUAAUGUUCAUGUUUCAUCUACUUUGACCUUUAGACAGUAGGCUAGAAGAGGUUCGUACCCUCCGUGUUUUUCACAAGAUGCAGUGCAUGAUAUUGUAUGAAACUUUUAAGUUGCAAAGCUGAUUUCUUUGUAUUUUUGAAGGACCUAAUGGUACAUAAAAACAACCAAAGCAAAAUCAAGUAGGCCCACAAUACAGCUUUUAUACCCUGAGCUGAUUAAUUCCCCUUUAAGCCACUUUAUCACCUUGUUUUUGCUUCGACUGCAACUUGUGGUGAUCGUUAACAAUAAAUAGUGUCCGGUAAAAAUAUCAACAACACUUAGACUUUUCCACUUUUUGUCAUGUUGCAGCCACAAACUUGAAAAAUACGUCUUUUGGAACCAAUGACAGGUUUUCGGAACUCCAUUAAGUCCGUCCAUCCCCACACCCUGACGCUGCCGCUACCAUGUUUGAUGGUGGUGGUAACAGAUUAAAUUACUCACGGUUUACUAAUUGGAUCACUCUUGGAAGCAACCGGCUGAACUGUUUAUUUAGUAGCAUCACUGUAACGGUUUCUGAAUACACGUUCACACCGCACUUUUAAGAUUUUAAUUAGUAAAAAAUGUUAAAUGUCAGUUUGAAACUUGCGGUUUAUAAUUUCUUAACAGUUUUUUGCUUCACAAAUAUGCGCUGCCACGUUGUCUUGGCCCAACAGAAACAAAGGUUCAGUUUUGUGGUUGCUGCGUGUCAGAAUGCGGGAAGGUUUAAGCAUCAGAACCGCUUUUGACCGGCACCAAAACCGGUGCUGGGGUGGAGAGGAAAAUCUCAAAGCCAAAGUGUUGUUUUGACCAAGAAUAAACAAAACGGGAGGAAAUGUAACGUUUUGAUAGCAGUGAAAUACUCUGGAGCGAGCACACAUGGAGCUGAUGCAUGUCGCAUUGAAAUAACAAAAUCAUCUUCAUCCAAGGCAGGUAGUUGCAUUACGGCGCUAAAGCAGUAGUGGGAUUUCUCUUUUUGCAUGGCUCAGCAUAGUUCAGGGAUCAUGGGGAGGGUGAUGAAAAUAUGUUUGUCUAAAUUUCAUGUGUGGGUUUAAAAGUUUUAUAAAGCUUAUUAAUUUAUAUUAAAGGUACCUGUGUAGAAUUAAUCGUUUCCUUAGUUUAAACUUGCUCUGAACAAGUUUUUCCCCCAUGCUUCUGUGUGCAAUUUUGUAUUUCCAUAUUCCCAUUUCUGUCAUUGCGACUUCUUACGGCGCGCCCACUAAAAGGUGGAGAUGUGAGUUUUACUUGGCAGGGAAUCGAGCCUGAGACGUCACUGAAUCCAAUGACUGAAGCACAAAAGCAGGGAGCAACUAAUUCAUUUACGACGACAGAUUUUUACCGGCCGGCCUCUCAAAACACUUAACCACCGAUUCUCAAUAGUCAUAAAAUGCUGCACAUGUAGCAUCUUUUCGAUUAAGUACUAUGCAUUUGGAUUCAACAGUUGCUGACGUUAUUCUCUUUGGUAGAAAUUGCCUUUUUAUUAAAAUAAGAAGUGUGAUUAGAAAGGAGCCUAAAGUGAGCUUUUUUUAAAUUUUAUUUUAUUUUAUUUUUUCCCCAUUGUGAUGAAUCGUCUGUCUGGAAGUCCCGUCUUUAGAUGUGACGCUGCGUCCGCCUGCUUGAUGAUCUUUGGUCAAUGUUUUUCUCGUCAGCCUCAACAAGCCAUUACAAUCUGGUGCUGUGAACUCCACCUUUCUCCAGCAGGGAGCGCUGUUACGCCAGCACAACAACUAAAAUCAGCAGCAGGGAACGCGUCCCUUUGACUCCUAUUUUAUACCAAUAAAAGGAAGAAAAAAAAAAAAGAAUAAAAAUAAUUUACUGUUGCUUCUGUUAAACCUCACGCGCUACUGUUCUAGUUUCCUUACAACUUUUUACAUCUCAACAUAUUUAAGCGGAAAAUGUUUGUCUUGAAUGAAGCGGCUGCCACCAUUGAAGAUGACUGGUGUGAUUUAUCACCAUCAGUGGUGCCUUUUUUUUUUUUCUAGAUGUCUUUUGAUAAAAACAAUAAAUGGAACGUAAAAAGGCUUGUUCUUUAGCAGAUAUUUGUAAUAUUUCUUUUUUUAAAUGUCUUAAACGAAGAGGCCUCCUAUCACACUUUGUUUUGUAGAGAUUCAGGACAUUUUGCCAUGGUGUAAAUACACUUCCUUCCUCUUCUUUCAUAAUAUAUGCCUUUUGGAUCAAAUUACUUUCUUUCUCUAAAAUUGACACUGUUUUUAGUGGUAUUUUGCAAUGUUACUGUGGCUUGUUUCAGUGCUUCAUUCAAUGUAUUAACUGGUAUCCUUUUGCAAAUAAAACAUUGGUAAUUCA